CCGCCGUUGCUCAGCGACAGACGAAGCUUCGGCCUCACCAUCAUCCUGGUGCUUGCUCAGCAGCUUGCUAGCUGACGUUUACACCUAUUUCUGUCCAACCAAGAGCAAUGGAGGUUACAAUGGACCCUCUGUUUCUGGCAUGGAGCUAUUUCAGGAGGAGGAAGCUCCAACAAUGUUCGGAUAUUUGCUCAAAAAUAUUACAAGACAACCCGUACGACCAGGACUCCUCCUUGCCUGUCUCAGAGGCUGCAUGGAGCUUGAAAACUCGUGCUCUUACAGAGAUGGUGUACAUAGAUGAAGUUGAGGUCGAUCAGGAGGGGAUUGCUGAGAUGAUGUUGGAUGAGAGCUCUAUUGCUCAAGUUGCACGACCCGGAACAUCACUGAGGCUCCCUGGAACAAGUCAGGGUGGGGGUCCCACACCGGCUGUCAGGCCUAUGACACAAUCAGGGCGUCCUAUUACUGGAUUUGUGAGACCAAGCACACAGUCAGGGCGUCCUGGGACGAUGGAGCAGGCCAUCAAGACCCCCCGCACUGCAAGCACUGCUCGUCCUGUCACUAGUGCUUCUGGCAGAUUCAUCCGCCUGGGAACAGCCUCUAUGUUAACCAAUCCAGAUGGACCAUUUAUAAACUUGUCGAGACUAAAUCUGGCCAAGUAUUCACAAAAGCCUAAUUUAUCCAGGACAUUGUUUGAAUUCAUCUUCCAUCAUGAAAAUGAUGUGAAAAAUGUAAGUGUUGCAUUAAUCUGUUAUAAAGCAAAUUGGUUCGCAUUACAUUGUAAGAUUGUCUAUUAUUCAUGCAACACAAACUUUAUAUUUCUUGUCCAGGCUUUAGAUUUGGCUGCUCAAGCUACUGAACAUGCUCAGUUCAAAGAUUGGUGGUGGAAAGUUCAGUUAGGGAAAUGCUACUACAGGCUUGGUUUAUAUCGUGAGGCAGAAAAACAGUUUCGGUCAGCUCUCAACCACCAAGAGGUGGUGGAUACAUAUCUCUACCUUGCAAAGGUGUAUCAGCGCCUGGAUCAACCAAUAACAGCACUCAACCUUUUCAAGCAAGGGCUGGACCACUUUCCUGGUGAGGUUACCCUUCUAACAGGAAUCGCUCGCAUACAUGAGGAGAUGAACAACAUUUCAUCAGCCACAGAGUACUACAAAGAUGUCCUGAAGCAGGAUAACACUCACGUGGAGGCUAUAGCCUGUAUAGGCAGCAAUCACUUCUACACUGAUCAGCCUGAGAUCGCCCUGCGCUUCUACAGACGGCUCCUCCAGAUGGGGGUGUAUAACUGCCAGCUGUACAACAACCUGGGCCUGUGCUGCUUCUAUGCCCAGCAGUACGACAUGACUCUGUCCUCAUUUGAGAGGGCUAUGGCCCUGGUGGCCAAUGAUGAAGAGCAGGCUGAUGUCUGGUACAACAUAGGACAAGUGGCCGUGGGCAUUGGGGACUUGACACUGGCCUACCAGUGUUUUAAACUUGCUUUGGCUUUUAAUAAUGACCAUGCUGAGGCCUACAACAACCUGGCUGUGCUGGAGCUGCGCAAAGGUCGCAUCGAACAGUCUAAAGCCUUCCUGCAGACUGCUGAAUCACUGGCUCCUCACAUGUAUGAGCCACACUUCAAUCUCUCCAUUCUCUCUGAAAAGAUCGGAGACCUUCAGAGCAGCUACACGGCGGCCCAAAAGUCAGAGGACGCCUUCCCCGAGCACGUCGACACACAACAGCUUCUUAAGCAACUUCGGCAGCACUUUGCGGUGCUGUGAGCAUCUGACCAGCAUGUUUAGGAAGCGAGGUGUGGUUUGAAAAAGAUUGUGGUCAGAGAUCAGAGACACUGCACUGCAGGCUUGAAAACACAAAGUUAUUGAAAUGCUCAAAGAUUGGCAGGUUAGUCAGACAUGGAAAUAGUUUUUGUUUGUGUUUAUUUAUCAAAUUGUACUUAUACACUAAAUUGCCAGUUUAUCAGGUACACCUCUUACAUAGUUAAACAGAGUGGACGUAUCACAUUAGAAACAGUCCUGUGUGGUGCAUUUUUCUGCUUUGGUGAUUGGCCUCAUUACAGCAUGUCUGUUUCACUUUUCUGGCCGUUUUCUUUUGACCCCUCUGAUGCUCAAGCUGUUAACUACAGAAUCCCUGGUCACUGUACGUCUUUCCCUUUUCACAUCAUUCUGAGUAAAUCCUUGCAACAGCAGGGUGUCAAAAUGCCAAGAUGACAGCCGUUAGGGAAUUGCUAGAAUCCAAAUGCUUAGCUCUGGUGGUUAAAUGAACUCUUACUAGUUUUAAUUGUCUAUGUCAGGAUUAAUGUCUGUGGCAUUUGUAAGAUUAACUUAAUAUCUCAAUUUACACUUUAAAAAUGCUGCUCUGUCACACAACAUAUGACUUGUAGGAAUGUAUAAUUUAUGUGAAAGUAUGUGUACACUAGGUAACCUAGUGUACAUAUCUGUAAAGUAGUAAAACAUGUAUAUAGUAAAGGUAAAUAUUUUAUUUAUUACAGUCAAAUAAUUAUGUUACAUUUUACAGUUCAAAUCAGAUGUAUUUUUCAUAUUGUAAUCUUUUUUGACGUUUUGUAGUCCCAACAAAUAUCGAUGUGACAAUAAAAAAAAAUAACAAUUCACAAGAUGUGUAAAGGUCUCUGAGAUGGAGUUAAUGCAUCAUUCAAAUAAUUAAACAAAAACCAAAUGUGAUUAAAAAAAAAACAUUAA